AUGAAAGUCUCCGUGUUGAAGGGCGUCUGUGUAAUUAAUGAAGCCGAGUUCAGGAGGCUCAGCGCUGAUGUGGGAACGAAGCCGGAGGUAAUCCUUGUUUAAUGUUUGGAUUUUCUUAAUGACAGAGGCAGUCCCUGCUAAUGAACCUGCGAGCUCUCCGUCUGCUCGUCAGCUCCACUUUCUGCAGUUUGGGGUCAGCCGGAAAGAUUCCCAUCCAGACGACCUGAGCGGGUUUUAGUAUUCACGUCACAGACACAGAAAUCCUCCUCAGAGUGAGACCUCGCCGCUCGCUCUGUAAAUGUGAGUUCAUGUCAGGCGCUGACUGGAAUUCAGAUUCGCUCUGCUGCUAAAUGAGGGUCAAAUUAGGAGUUCGACUUCCUGUUAGAGGCUCUCAGACUUCACUCCGCCUCCUCACUUCAGUGUUUCUGACAGUUCCUGAGUUUUUUAUCCAUCCAGUAAAUCUGUGCGGGAUUUUAAUAAAGAUCAAAUAAAGAUAAAAAAGGCAGCAGUAUCCUGGAAUAUCCUGACUGUGAAAAACAAAAACAAGUGCCUACAUCUCCCAUCAUGCAAUGGAUACUACUGUUACAUUAAAACCCCCGCCGCAUCUCCUAACAAUUAUACAAUAAGAAGUUAUUAAAACAUAGAAUUCCACCUGACCACGUCGAAUACUAGAGCAGGCAGAGCAGCAGCAAAGACCUCUGGGAGACAGAGCAGCAAAGACCUCUGGGAGACACAGCAGCAAAGACCCCUGGGAGACAGAGCAGCAAAGACCUCUGGGAGAUAGAGCAGCAAAGACCUCUGGGAGACAGAGCAGCAAAGACCUCUGGGAGACAGAGCAGCAAAGACCUCUGGGAGACAGAGCAGCAAAGACCUCUGGGAGACAGAGCAGCAAAGACCUCUGGGAGAUAGAGCAGCAAAGACCUCUGGGAGAUAGAGCAGCAAAGACCCCUGGGAGACAGAGCAGCAAAGACCCCUGGGAGAUAGAGCAGCAAAGACCUCUGGGAGACAGAGCAGCAAAGACCUCUGGGAGACAGAGCAGCAAAGACCCCUGGGAGAUAGAGCAGCAAAGACCUCUGGGAGACAGAGCAGCAAAGACCUCUGGGAGAUAG